AUGCCCGCAGGACAAGCAGAUGUUACGCUCUUCGAGGGGUCAAGCAACGUCUCUAUCUCCCACAGCACUUUCAACGUCGAAACAGCUCCGAGUCAACGGGCUGGAUUCAAGGGCUGGGAGAAGGUCCUCUCUCCCAGUGCAUUCCACAACUCAGGCGAGCGCUACGAGCCGCCUAGAUGCCAUCCCCGUACCCGGAAAACAAUCCUUGAGAAGAUCAUGGCCUGGAUCCGCGGGGAGAUCAAUACCGAAGCCUUCGUCUUCUGGCUGAAUGGCUCAGUGGGGGUCGGAAAGUCAGCCAUCGGACAAACGAUCGCGGAGAUAUGCGAGGAGGGUCUCUUGCUUGCCACUUUCUUCUUCGGACGCUCGGAUCCCACACGAAACAAUGAGAAAUCCUUUAUCACGACAUUGGCGUACCAAAUCGGACUGAACGUCUCGCGUGCUCGCCACCAUAUUGAACAGGUGUUCGACCACGACCCCGUAAUCCACAUGCGAUCCCUCGAAAUGCAAAUGAAGAAGUUGGUCACCGAACCCCUCAGACGAGCAACCGCAGAGCAAACUAAUAUCCCGCCUCUCGUUGUCGUAGAUGGUCUCGAUGAAUGUAUCGACCCAUCCAUGCGAUGCAAGAUUCUCGACAUAAUUCAUCACUCAAGUUAUUCAUUAGCAGCGACUGGGCCCUGCCUCAUUUUCCUCGUCGGAAGUCGGUCAGAACACGAGAUUUCGCUGAAAUUCGACUCAAUUCCCUUGCGAGACAUCACUACCCAUCACACCCUCGGCGACACUGCUGAUGCAAAUGAAGAUAUCCUCUAUUUCCUCGAAGACAAGUUUCAGGAAGUCAAGGAGACCCACCUUCUCAAACACUCUAUCCCAUCAUAUGGCCAAGUUCGGAGGAUGUCAAUAGGCUCGUACGGACAGCAUCUGGCCAGUUCCUCUAUGCCCACAUCGUGA